GAGUGACGAAAAACCCGGGGCAGGGGUUGGUGGCCCCUGGAGCGUGUCGAUUAACUUUGUUGCGGCAUUGGCGCGCGAAGGACGCAGUCACUCAAAGAAAUCUUCGCGUCGUGGGUCGACAACCAAGGAUCAGACGCUCGCGGAGCCGCUCGUUUUAGAGGUCUACCCCGGGGAGACGGCGAAAGAACUCUGCGAACGAGUGCUUGUAAGAGGUUUUGACUUUGGGCGCACGCCGGAGGUGACGUGGGGGGACGUCCGCGUUCCUCUGAAAGAUCGCCUCGAUCAGCUCUCAGGGGAAACGUCCGGACGCAUCGAACUCGGCUCAGGCACCACCACGUUCACGGUGAAGAUUCCGUCGGGCGCGAGGGCGGCGACGGCAGCGAAGCCCUCCUGGCGUGGUGAGGCUGGCGGCGGCGCCGGGGUUCAAGGCGAAGGGUGCCCCGAUGUUAUAGUUGACGCAGGCGCCGAUGGAGUGCCUCAGGAAAAGACCGAAGUCAUCUCCGGCCACGUCGGCGAGGGUUUCCCAGGGAUUUCCCGGGACGCCCCCUCGCCCCCCUCAACCUCUGGACGUAACCAAGAUUCGGACGAUAUGGGCGAUGGCAGACCUUCUCGCCGCAGCGCACGAAGGCCCACGCGUGCGCCAGACAACAGUCAGGAACCUCAACAGCUGGAGAAGCAGCAGAAGCCGUCAAUACAAGAACGCCCGACCGCAGCAAACGAAGAUGGAGGACCGUUGAAUAAAUCUGCCGGAGAAGGUGCUGCUGCGGAAAAGACCUCGCUGCGGGUCCCUGGGCCAACGAUUGACGGCACCAGUGAAAGGGCAAGACCGUUCCAUAACUUGUCGAGCAUCUACGCGCGUACAACUUCUAUAUCUUCCUUGCUCGUCGAAGCGCGUGUCCCGAUGGACAAUAAAAUCGUGGCCAAUCUCGCGCCCAGCGAGGCCGAGAAUGUCGAGAAUGCCGAGAAUGCCGAGAAUGCCGAGAAUGUCGAGGAGGAGGGAGGUGAUUUGGAUGAGCUCGCUGCGGCAGGACUGCUUGCGGUGGCUGCGAGCAACAUGGUUCCCACUCCUCGCAAGCGCAAAGCCAUCGCGACGACACGCGUGACGAAGAUUGAAGAUACCAGUGGCGGCAGCGAGGAGGACAAAGCGGACGGCCAAAGGAAACCACUUGAAUCGAACGCGUCGCCGGAGACCCAAAACAGGGGUAAAGGGUGGAAGCGCAGCUCCUCGUGGGAUGCGCAGGGUGCCCGUCUUGGGGACGGUGCCAUGGAUUCCCAAAUGACACCUCGCGAACAGGAAAACAUCUACGCUUCUCGCCGGGUCGAAGGUUCAGAUCCAUCCUUACCUGGCGUCGACAGUCAAGGUCAGGAGAAGGCUAUCAAUCAAACAUAUGGGGAACGCAAUCUCCUGAACUACCUUCCCUACCAGCAACCGUCGCCUCACCUCGCCUCGCUGUCAAAGGAGGCAGCGGCUGCGUCGCGUGCGGUUGUACAGGCAUUUGCCAUCUCAGCACAGCUCAGGCGCUCCACCGUGGGCGAUAUCGUAUCCAGGUUCUACAAUCAUCAGCCUCCGUCAGUCCGCGCGGGUGAGGGUGAACGAUCCUUCCACAAUGAUCCCACCUCGGCUUUCAAGAGGCCUUCGCGGGGUUGGUGCUCGGCAGUUUCCGUGCCCAAGGCUGCGGCUGCGGCUGUUCGCGCAGGGUACUCGGGAGACACUCCAAGUGGAACCGUCGGCGAUGAAGCGAUGAAUCCGAUGAUGCAGAGAGCGUCAGUAAACCCUGGUAGCCGGGCGAACAGUCAGGCGCUGUGGCAGUGGCAGAAUGAGCAGGCAAGUCUGGCACUAUCCAACCAGCACCACCACUCUUGGGGUGGGUUUGUCGGUGCGUCAAAGGAUGAGCGUUUCAAUCUCCCCGUAUCGCGUGAAGCCUUCAAAAAGGCACGCAGGAAGAACUCGAUAGAAAUCUCCAAGCUUAGCAGCGUGAUGGAGCAGCUGCGCCGCGUGGUGUCCUCCAUCAAGGAACCACUCCCUGCAAAGACACGCGCGAUAGUUAUCUCCCGCGCACAGAGAAUACUGGAGGGCAUAUGCAAGAAGGCAGAGUGCAUCCCAAUCAGCGAGCGCGCGCCACUCUCUGCUGCGGUUGCAGAGGUUCAAACAUGGGUGCAUCAACAGCUGGACCAGCGUUUCGAUCUGAGGAUAGAUCAUGACGAUGAGGCUGUCAUGGAAGGGUUGGCAAGCCUUGUUGCAGCUGCGGACCUCGCUCGAUGACAGCUAUAAGUGUUAGCCUUGGCGUUAUUUAAAUUCACUCUGUUUUUGCC